GUCUUACCAUCUCAAAAGUCCUACAGCAUGCGGCCUAUUCUUCUUCAAGGACACGAGCGAUCGCUCACACAAAUCAAGUUCAACAGGGAGGGAGAUCUCCUUUUCUCAUGUUCAAAGGAUCACGUCAUCAAUGUGUGGUUCUCGCACAACGGAGAGCGGUUAGGAACAUACAACGGGCACAACGGCACUGUGUGGACGAUAGACGUUGACUCCCAAUCGAGAUACCUCGUCUCGGGCUCGGCAGAUAACACGCUCAAGCUGUGGGAGGUCUCGACGGGCAAAUGCCUCUUUACCUGGGAGUUCCCAACGGCAGUGAAGCGCGUUUCAUUCAGCGACGACGACGAGCAGGUCGUAUGCAUCACGGAGCAGCGUAUGGGCUACCAAGGCGCGAUCCGUGUGUUCCGCCUUAACUUCGACGGCGACGGCAAAGAUCAGGAUCCCGAGCCCGAGCGCUUUUUCAACCCUAUUGGAUCCAAGGCGACCGUCUGCGCGUUCACCUUUAUGAAGAACCUAAUUGUCACGGGCCACGAGUCGGGCAAGGUCGCACUCAUCGAUGUUGCCACCGGCGACGAGAUUCAGACGAAUGAGCGCGCCCACAUGGACAUAAUCACCGAUCUUCAGAUGGGCCCCGAUGGGACGUACUUCAUCACGAGCUCAAAGGAUAAGGUGGCACGGAUACACGACACGAAGACACUUCGCGUCUUGAAGACGUUCUCAACCGAGACUCCUCUCAACAGCGCAGCGAUCGCACCUAACCGGCCAUAUGUUCUUCUUGGUGGCGGUCAGGAAGCCAUGCAAGUCACCACAACUUCGCUCCGGCAGGGUAAGUUUGAGACGCGGUUCUGGCACAAGGUCUUCGAAGAGGAGGUCGGCCGCGUCAAGGGCCACUUCGGGCCUAUUAAUACUAUUGCGGCUCAUCCUGCCGGGACCGGCUACGCAUCGGGCGGAGAGGAUGGCUUCGUGCGCAUGCACCACUACGAUGACUCGUACUUCAAGUCAAAGCCUUAUGGUGAUCUUGAGAUCGACGAGUAGAGCAGGAUAGAGGAUGUUGUGUACGUCACGAUGGCGUUGUGCGAUUAACUAUGUACCCAAAAGCCCUGAGCUGAGCGAUGCCCGCUCAGUCAUCUUAUUCAUCUCGUGUGUUUC